GGUUCGUCAUUUACUUUUUGCCUGCACAACUCCCCAACUUCACUCACUCUUCGCUCCUCGGACUGAAAACAACUCACAAUUUGUGUUCUUGAGAAUAAUUUUUGUACUUACAUUUCUUAAACGUUUCUGGUUUUUGAAGAAGUUAUAAGGAUGAAGUUGUGCCUUAUUUUUGCCCUUUUUGCCGUCCUGACCGUGGCGCAAGCCUUGUCUCUCUCCGAACUGGCGAAAGAUGAGUGGGACGCGUUCAAGAAACACCAUAAGAAGGAGUACAAUAACGAUGUGGAGGAGCGUUUCCGAAUGAAGAUCUACCUCGAGAACCGACACCGCAUCGCCAAGUACAACAAGGAACAAAACCUCCCUUACAAAUUAGCCAUGAACAAAUAUGGUGAUCUCCUCUCGCACGAAUUUGCCAAGAAAAUGAACGGAUAUCGCUCUGACCUUCGCAACUCGUCGCUCCACCUCCUCCUCGGCGCUACGUUCCUCACCCCUGAGCACUUCACUGCCCCCAAAGAGGUCGAUUGGAGGACGAAGGGAUACGUCACCCCUGUCAAGGAUCAAGGCCAGUGUGGAUCAUGCUGGUCCUUCUCUGCCACAGGAGCCCUUGAGGGACAGCACGUUAGAAAGACCGGAAAACUCGUGUCACUCUCGGAACAAAAUUUGAUCGAUUGCUCAAGGAAUGAGGGUAACGAGGGCUGCAACGGUGGUUUGAUGGACAACGCUUUCCUCUACAUUAAGAAGAACAAAGGAAUUGACACGGAGUCGAGCUACCCUUACGAGGCUCAGGAUGAUACCUGCCGCUACAAGAAGAUUGACUCUGGUGCCGAUGACACCGGCUACGUCGACAUUCCCUCUGGCGACGAAGAUAAGCUGAUGAAGGCCGUAGCUUCUGUCGGACCAGUCUCCAUUGCCAUUGACGCUUCCCACGAAUCCUUCCAAUUCUACUCGAGCGGGGUUUACGUAGAGAAGAAGUGCAGUUCGAGCGAGUUGGACCAUGGCGUUUUGGUUGUGGGCUAUGGCACCGAGGACGGUCAAGACUACUGGUUGGUAAAGAAUUCCUGGGGAACGACCUGGGGCGACGGUGGGUACAUCAAGAUGGCGAGGAACAAGGAGAAUCAGUGCGGCGUGGCUACUCAGGCCAGCUACCCACUCGUCUAAAAGACAUGAACGUUAGGAACAACACCUUCAUAAGAUAAAAAAAACGCUCGCUAGUUUUCUUUUCGUUUCGAGCUUUUGAUAAAAAUUAGAAUAAUUUCGUUCGACGUAGAUGAUAGAAAAUGAUAAUUAUUAAUUAAUAACUUAAUUCUCAACCCUUUUUAAAUUAUUCUACUCACCCGACAAUAUUUCUACGUAUGAGAUGACAUUACAAAUUAUAAUUAUUUAGUUAAGUAAUUUUAUAAUUUUAAUUUCAAACUUUGUGAUGUUACGUAUAACAUGAAAGCGAGUAGUUUUACACUUAUCUGAAUUUUUGUGGAUUCGGAUUCUCUCUCUCUCUGUUGCUUUUCUAAGAAGGUGGACGUCGUCAUUGAUGCUCAAUUAUCCAUCAGACAUACUCAACUAUCAAUUUAAGCUGUCUGUUUUUUUUAUGAUUCAAUUAAUUUCUGUGUGUGAUUUUAUGUGUGGUAUGAAUGAUUUGUGUAGAUGAGAUUUACUAAGAAAAUAAAGAUUUGGAAAAUUA